AUGGAGGCUGCUUCCGCGGAAGAUGGAUGGCAGCCUCGCUUGGUCAAGAAAGUUGUUGCUUGCUUCGUGAAUCAUGUCUUCUCCAUUGGCCCGAUUUAUGCUUUCGGGGUUUUCCUGCCAUUCAUCAAGGCCGAUUUGGGCAUUUCUCUAUCAGAGGUGUCGGCCAUUGGUAGCACAAUGAACACUGCACAGUGGGCUGGUGGAUUUUUGGCUGGUCUCGCCAUUCCGCACAGAACCAGCCACUCUUCGGUGGCCCUUUUUGGUGCUGUGGGAGCUUUCCUUGGUCUUGCUUCACUGUCGAUUAUCCAGAAUCCCAAUGUGGCUCAUCCGGCGGCGCUUCUGGCAGGUUUGUGUUUGGGUUCCUCCAACUUGGCUGGUUUGGUUGCGCUCAACGCCACGGUGUCUGCGAAGAAACGGGCCACCUGUGUCGGUUUGGCAUCCUGUGGCACAAGUGUGGGCACCAUUCUCCUGCCGCACUUCUAUACGUUGCUUACAGAAGCGAUGGGUUGGAGAUGGGCGAUGCGGAUCAAUGCGGCCGCAUCUUGCCUUUUCCUCGCGGCUGCUGCACCCUUUUUUCGUGUGCAACAGGAAGCGAAAACUGAAGUGGAUUCAUGCAUCAAGGAGUCCGAUGCUAAACCCAAGAGGUGUGUGGUGCUAAAUCUUUGA